UUGUCCGCAUUUGGCAAAACCCCGAACUCUUAAACCCUAAUUUGAUCUUCACAGUUUCGUAUUUCAAUCACCGUCGUUGGUGCAAUAUGUCGAAUAGCGACUCCGAUGCGCCGGAGGAAUUCACCUCCGAGCAGGGGAUGCAACAAGAUGAAGAGAUAAGACAAGUGCAAAAGGAAAAUAAGGCCAGGGUAGUGCGUGAGGUGAAAGAACGUCGCAGACAGUGGGCACAAAAGUUGACCCCACGGCCAUUGCCAAAAAAAAUAAUCACUGAACACGAGACGGAAACAAAGGAAGAGUCUCUAGUUAACAAAGGAAUGCUACCAGAUGAUAUUGUCAAACUUCUUGCAGAGCGUGAGAAAAAAGUUUUCACAUCGGACUCUGAGGAUGAGAAAGUUGAAAAGAAGCCAAAGAAAAGAAAGACGAAAAAAUCUGGGUUGGAACCUGUUAUAUUGAAGGACCUACCAGCUGCGCAAUGUGUAGAUAGCUCACUGGAAUUUUUGAAGAAAAGAAAAAUGCAGGUUUCAAGAUCAUCUGCAGUUUUGAACAAUUCAAACCAAGCAUUGCGCCUCCUGUCAAAGUCCGGCUUGCUCAAGUGAGACUGGUCAGUAAUUGCAUAUUGGGCUAGUCAAUAGUGUAUUUUUUGCUACCAGAAUUGUGCUUGAGAGAAAGUUUAGUAGAGUGGUGAAUGUACUAUAUGGAUAUUAUUUGUACUCGUGUACUAAGACAGACUUAUAUUCACACACAUUGUAUGUGUUUUACAAAUGAAUUGUUUGCGCGCAUUCUAAAUC